AUCCAAAACCCUUCUAAACCCUUCGCCGAUUCCGAUUCCGAUUCCGGCUACCUCCGAUGGCGUCGACUUUCACUGCUACGUCUGCUGUCGGCUCUAUGGUUGUUCCAAAUGGAAUGGAUAAGAAAUUUGCAUCUUCAAAUAAGUUGUCGUCUCUUGCUUCCGUUUCUUCCAUUCCUUUUGGGAGGAGACAGAAUGUGGUUCUAAGAAAGUCGCGGGUGCAGAAGGUUUAUGCAGCCAAAGAGUUGCAUUUUAACAAGGAUGGCUCAGCAAUCAAGAAAUUGCAAACUGGUGUAAACAAGCUUGCAGAUCUAGUUGGGGUAACUCUCGGACCAAAGGGCAGAAAUGUUGUCCUAGAAAGCAAGUAUGGUUCUCCAAAAAUUGUUAAUGAUGGUGUCACCGUUGCCAGGGAGGUUGAGUUGGAGGAUCCGGUUGAGAAUAUUGGGGCUAAACUGGUGAGACAGGCGGCUGCAAAGACAAAUGACUUGGCUGGUGAUGGAACAACAACUUCUGUUGUUCUUGCACAAGGACUUAUUGCUGAGGGUGUCAAGGUGGUGGCAGCGGGUGCUAAUCCAGUUUUAAUAACAAGAGGUAUUGAGAAGACUGCAAAGGCUCUAGUGUCUGAGCUUAAAUCCAUGUCGAAAGAGGUUGAAGAUAGUGAACUUGCAGAUGUUGCUGCUGUAAGUGCUGGUAACAACUAUGAAGUUGGUAACAUGAUUGCUGAAGCAUUGAGUAAAGUGGGUAGGAAGGGAGUGGUGACCCUUGAGGAGGGAAAAAGUGCCGAGAACAGUCUCUAUGUUGUUGAAGGAAUGCAAUUUGAUCGUGGUUACAUCUCUCCUUACUUUGUCACUGAUGGUGAGAAAAUGGCAGUUGAAUAUGAGAACUGCAAGUUGCUGCUUGUUGAUAAGAAAAUAACCAAUGCAAGGGAUCUUAUCAAUGUCCUGGAAGAUGCUAUUAGAGGUGGAUACCCAGUGUUAAUUAUUGCAGAAGACAUUGAGCAGGAAGCUUUGGCUACUCUUGUUGUGAACAAACUUAGAGGAUCUUUGAAGAUUGCUGCUCUUAAAGCUCCUGGCUUUGGAGAGCGUAAGAGCCAGUACCUUGAUGACAUUGCUAUUCUGACUGGAGGUACUGUAAUCAGAGAUGAGGUAGGGCUUUCCUUGGACAAAGCUGGAAAUGAGGUCCUUGGCCAUGCUUCUAAGGUGGUGCUUACCAAGGACACAACUACUAUUGUGGGUGAUGGAAGCACCCAGGAAGUAGUAAACAAGAGAGUUGUACAGAUUAGAAAUCUUAUUGAAGCUGCAGAACAAGAUUAUGAGAAGGAGAAACUAAAUGAGAGGAUUGCUAAACUGUCUGGUGGAGUUGCAGUAAUUCAGGUUGGGGCGCAAACAGAAACAGAGCUUAAAGAAAAGAAACUGAGAGUGGAGGAUGCACUUAAUGCAACUAAGGCUGCUGUUGAGGAAGGUAUUGUUGUUGGUGGUGGAUGUACUUUGUUGAGACUUGCCUCAAAGGUGGAUGGUAUUAAGGAUACCCUUGAAAAUGAAGAAGAAAAGGUGGUCAGAUGCUGUCUGGAACAUGCUGCCUCAGUAGCAAAAACAUUCUUGAUGUCAGAUUGUGUGGUGGUUGAGAUCAAGGAACCGGAACCAGUCCCUGCUGGUAACCCCAUGGACAAUUCAGGAUAUGGCUACUAAACUUAAAAUUAAAGCCGAGGACAUGGACAGUUUGUGAGCAGGAAAUAAGAGAUGGUUCAGUGUUCUAUGGUAGCAGACAAGGGAAAUGAGCUUCUUUGUACAUUAUUGAUCUUCUUUUUAGAGAGAUAAUCUUGUUUGAUUAAGAAUAUCUGCAAUUCAUUGCAAAAUUGCAACAGUUUUGAACACUAUUCAGUGAAAGCUUUCUUCUUUUAAAAAAAGUUUUUUUUUUCUUCAGUCCGGUUCUGGAUUACACCCGGCUGUAAAAUCAUGGUCACGGUUUUUGAAGGAGUGACACUCGUGGUCCUGGAUUUAGCAGUCCGGUGGAGUUAGACUGCAAAAAUAAUUGCUGAUUUAAUAU